UUCGCCCAGACUUCACUUCACUCCAGCCCUAAAAUUCUAAAAUCUGUCGCUCCCUUUCCACCUUCUUGCUGCCACCGAUCUUUGCUGCUGUCGCCGACGGCUCAUCUGAAAUCUCCAAGUAAGUUCCUACUAGAGAGUACAGGCUUUAUACCACCAAUUUCCAGUCUCAUCUCCUACACUUUGUCCGAAGAGUCCAAACCUAACUGCCUAUAUAUUCUGAAUCAAUUCCUGCUGCCUUCUUCGAUUCUCCAUCCAGUCCCCGGCAGAGUUGCAGAAGUUGGGAAGGAAAAAGAUAUAUAUAGGGUGGCCGUCUACAGACUAGAGGGGUCAAAACAAUCCUACUGAAAUCAAUUCUUGAUCCGCUGCCAUGGGAAAGAACGAGUUCCUGACGCCAAAGGCAAUAGCUAAUAGAAUCAAAGCGAAAGGCUUACAAAAACUCCGAUGGUAUUGUCAGAUGUGCCAAAAGCAAUGUCGGGAUGAGAAUGGCUUCAAGUGCCACUGCAUGAGCGAAUCACACCAGCGACAGAUGCAGGUUUUCGGCCAAAACCCUAAUCGAAUCAUCGAUGGCUAUUCUGAAGAGUUCGAACAAGCGUUUCUCGAACAUAUGAAGCGUAGUCACCGCUUUAGUCGCAUCGCCGCCACCGUGGUAUAUAACGAGUACAUCGCCGAUCGCUACCAUAUUCAUAUGAAUUCAACUCAGUGGGCGACUUUGACGGAGUUUGUUAAGUAUUUGGGGAGGACUGGCAAGUGUAAAGUUGAGGAAACUCCAAAAGGGUGGUUUAUUACUUAUAUUGAUCGUGAUUCGGAGACCUUGUUUAAGGAGAAGAUGAAGAAUAAGAGGAUUAGGGCGGAUUUAGCAGAGGAGGAGAAGCAGGAGAGGGAGAUUAAGAAGCAGAUUGAGCGUGCCGAGCAGCUGAUGUCAACUGGGAAUGAACAGGAAGUUCAGGAGAAAAGGUUGUUUGAGAAAUCGGAGAACGAGAAAAUUAAGUUAAGUUUGGGAUCAUUGUCGAAAAGUAAUUUGAAGGAGGAGAGUUCUAGGGUUGUUUUUGAUGAUGUGGAGAAUGAGAGUAAAGGCGACAAGGGGAAUAAAGGCAGUGGAAAGAUGGGAAGCUCAGUGUUGGAUGAGUUGAUGAGGGAAGAAGAGAAGGCGAAGGAGAGGAGUAAUAGGAAGGAUUAUUGGUUGUGUGAGGGGAUUAUUGUGAAGGUAAUGAGCAGGGCACUGGCAGAAAAGGGGUACUAUAAGCAGAAAGGCAUAGUGCAGAAAGUGAUUGAUAAGUAUGUUGGGGAAAUUGAGAUGCUAGAGAGUAAGCAUGUCUUGAGAAUUGAUCAAGAAGAGCUUGAGACUGUGAUUCCACAAAUUGGAGGACUUGUGAGAAUAGUUAAUGGGGCUUAUCGUGGGUCAUAUGCUAGGCUGCUAGCUGUUGAUACAGAUAAGUUCUGUGCUAAGGUGCAGAUUGAGAAGGGGAUUUAUGAUGGCAGGGUGAUUAAGGCCAUUGAGUAUGAAGAUAUCUGCAAAGUGGCUCAAUGAAAAAUGUUGAUAAGAAUGUACUAACUGUAUUGUGAUCAAGUGGUAAUUGUUCUACUUUCCAGAGUUGUUCAGUACCAUGAUAGUCUGCAUCUUUUAUGAAUGAUUGCAAUCUUCUUUCUUGUGAGUAUAUUAAGCAGUCUGCUCUGUUUCUUGCAAUUCUAUGUUCUUCUGAUUGUGUUAAGCAUUCUGGUCUCUAUCGGUUAUGCUUUAUCUUUCAUACUACUUGUGCUACUUGUAUGAACGAGGGACCUGGUAUUUGUAAAGGUCUGGUUCCUUAAGAUCACUUCAUUAAACUCUUUUACAUUUUUCUUUA